UAAAAACGCCAGUUCAGUCAUCUUCUUCGUGUGAAAUUUUGCUCAGGUGGAAAUAUCUUCUUUCUCAAUAUGUAUGCCUCACUUCAAGCUCUUGUUUCUCCACCGACCUUCUUCGGAGGGGCUCCCAGAGAGACUCCAGUCCGCCGGAAUUUGCCGUUGAUGAAAAUUCUGGCGACCGGUGGAGGAGAGUCGGUCGAGCUUCCUCCGGGCAUAAACCAUGUUUCGCCCCUUUAUAAUGCUCAACCUCAGGCAUCUGCCAUGGGUCGGUUUAGCAUGAAAAUGAAGGAUAACUUUUCUCCAGAAUCAUCUUAUAAAUGGCGGAGGGUCUUGCUAAAAGUAAGUGGGGAAGCACUUGCUGGAGACCAAGCACAAAAUAUUGACCCAAAGGUUACAAUGGCCAUUGCAAGGGAGGUUGCAGAAGUUACUCGACUUGGUAUUGAGGUUGCUAUAGUAGUUGGUGGAGGAAAUAUCUUUCGGGGAUCAUCAUGGGCAGGAAGUAGUGGCCUUGACCGUUCCUCAGCUGAUUACAUUGGGAUGCUGGCCACUGUUAUGAAUGCCAUAUUUCUGCAAGCAACCAUGGAAAGCAUCGGAAUCCCUACGAGGGUCCAGACUGCAUUUCGUAUGUCAGAAGUUGCUGAACCAUACAUUCGUAGACGGGCUGUCCGGCAUCUGGAGAAAGGGAGAGUAGUAAUCUUUGCAGCUGGGACUGGAAAUCCUUUCUUCACCACCGACACUGCUGCAGCAUUAAGGUGUGCUGAGAUUAAUGCUGAGGUGGUGCUGAAAGCUACAAAUGUUGAUGGAGUGUUUGAUGAAGACCCAAGGCGAAACCCAAAUGCGCGUCUACUAGAUACAUUAACUUAUCAUGAUGUUACUUCGAAGGAACUUUUGGUUAUGGACAUGACUGCCAUUACCCUGUGCCAAGAAAACAACAUCCCUGUUGUUGUGUUCAACCUGAACAAGCCAGGAAACAUCUCAAAAGCCAUCUGCGGCGAGAAUGUUGGCACAAUCAUCGGGGGCAAGCGAAAUUUAUCGGCAGCAAGGACUUGAAAGAAAGUCCAUGGUCCUGGCUAGCUGUUCCACUGAGCACAAAGGACAUUCGCAUCAUUAUUUGCAUUAUGGUGCAAUCCAUACAGAUUACAUUAGAUUCUGUACACAAUUUUGACUUCUAAAUAUAUUUAGGGUCUAAUUUCUUCUACUGAGUAAUUGGUUUAGAGGUUUAGUGCUGUUAGGAAUUUGAGACUUUUGAGUCAUGUGGUUUGUACUUGUAGAUAGUUAGCAGGCAUUUGGUGAGGUUGUUGAUCCAAGUGAUGCUGUUAGCUUUUAGAUUUUCUUUACGAAUUAAAAGCAUCUCAAAUUAUUAGACAGAUCUUCAACUGAUCAUAAUCUAUCAGAUUUGUAUGUCAUUAACUAUGAUGAAAAAUCCACGUUAAUUUAUUUUUUGCUGUAUUUGUUUUCUGU